CCAGGGCCGAGCGGUGCCUGCGCCUCGCGGGUCAUGGGGCGCAGGAAGACGGUUCGUGGGACCGGGCCGGGGGCGGAGGGCGCCCGCGCGCGGCGUCGGCCGGGCCGCUCCCUGGAGGCCUUCGCGGAGGAGGUGGACGCCGCGCUACGGGCGUCGGUGGAGCCAGAGGCGGCCGAGGACCAGGGCGGCGCGGGCCGGGCGGCGCUGCCCUGCGAGCUGGCUAUGUGGGAGCUGGGCCACUGCGACCCCCGGCGCUGCACGGGCCGCAAGCUGGCCCGCCUGGGCCUGGUGCGCUGUCUGCGCCUGGGCCAGAGGUUCGGCGGCCUGGUGCUCAGCCCCGUGGGCACCCAGUACGUGUCCCCCGCAGACAGACCGCUGGUGGCACAGUCUGGGGUUGCAGUCAUAGACUGCUCCUGGGCCAGGUUGGACGAGACACCCUUUGGGAAGAUGAGAGGGAGCCACUUGCGGCUGCUCCCCUACCUGGUGGCUGCCAACCCUGUAAACUAUGGCCGGCCCUGCAGACUUUCCUGUGUGGAAGCUUUUGCUGCUGCCUUCUGCAUCGUAGGCUUUUCAGAUCUUGCUGUCAUCUUACUGCGGAAGUUUAAGUGGGGCAAGGGCUUCUUGGACCUGAACCGACAGCUCCUGGACACAUAUGCAGCCUGCAGUGGACCAGAGGAGGUGCUGCAGGCAGAGCAGGGGUUCCUGGCCAGUGCCAGGGACAGGCCCCAGGAGGAGGAAAUUGACCCCUUUGAUGUGGAUUCAGGGCGAGAGUUUGCAAACCCCAACAGGCCUGUGACCAGCACCCGGCUGCUCACAGAUACAGAUGACAGCGAGUCUGAGGACCAGGGGCCGGAUGCUGGGGAUAGAGGAAGCAGUAACUGCUUUCAAGAGGAAGAAGCUCCAGAACCAGGGGUUGAGGCCAGGGCCCCAACUGAGAUUUGGAAAGGAAUCAAGAAACGGCAGAGAGACUGAACAUCAUAGACACCACAUACAUUGUUGAAGCUGUGUGAUAAGGAAGUCGAGGGAUGCGGGAAUAGACAGCCUGGCAGCUGCGACCCUACAGCUGCUGGCAGGACUGUGUUCCUCUCCACACUGGGAAAGCCUCGCGUGGGAUGCUUUCAAUGAAAUUAUAGACUGAGAAGCAGCCCCCAGUGCGAGUCU